CAACAAAGAUUGUGAAUGGCGGUUUGGUGUUUUUGCCAAAUCGGAGAAAAACCUAAGAAAAGUCCGAAUAUAAUCUUGAAGUCUCUUUCGAUGUCUCAUUUUUUGAUUAGAAGGGGGAAAAGGGAACCCACAAAUUCCUUAUAUAAAACCCUUUCUUCUCUCGCUUUUAUUUUCCCUUCCGGAGGAGAGAGGGAUUUUGUGGGAGAGAGAGUAAUUGAUCGGAAACUCGCCGGAAUUUCUUGUCGGAGAAGAUGGGGUUGAUUGUGGAAGAGGAUGAUAAUUACGGGCUUCUCGUGCCGCCGUCGAAUUUCUCCAUGGUUGAAGACCUCAUUUACCGAUCUGGGUUUCCUGAGCCUGCUAAUUUCGGUUUCCUUGGAACCCUAAAUCUUCGAUCCAUCAUAUAUCUGUGUCCCGAACUGUACCCGGAGGAGAACCUGAAGUUUCUUGAGUCCAAGGACAUUAAGCUUUUCCAAUUCGGAAUCGAAGGCAAAACGGAUCCUCCAUCUCCUAUGCCAAAGGACACAGUCAUGGCUGCUCUAAAAGCCCUAGUUGAUGUAAGAAACCAUCCAGUUCUGAUCCAUUGCAAGCGCGGAAAGCACAGGACAGGUUGUCUGGUGGGAUGCCUGAGGAAAUUGCAGAACUGGUGCAUUUCUUCGGUGUUUGACGAAUACCAGAAGUUUGCAGGGAUUAAAUCGAGGGAUACGGAUUUGAGGUUCAUCGAGAAUUUCGACGCGUUGAGAUUGCGGCAGUGUCUGUACAGCAUAAUCUACAGGUACCAUGGUUAUGGUCUGAAGAAUAGGCGGUUGCUCUAUCACGAGGAAAACGUCCACAAGGCCCAAGCCACCAUAGUUUAGGAUUGGCGUAGAGAGCUUUCUUGGAACUCGGGGAAUCGGAUACGGAUUUUUUUUUUUCUUUGAUUCGUCGGGUUUCGUUUUUUUUUGUUGAAUCCUUUGUCAGAUUGUUUUUUUUUUUUGGUUAGCGCAUAGCUUACAUUGCCCCAUGAUACAGAAACCUCAAAGUCUUGUCUUUGACAUCAACCAUUGGAUUCUGUAUGCAAUUAUCUGAAAUUAUAUAUAUGUAAAAAAAGUCGUCCAUUUU